AAUUAGUUGUCUUCUGUUCAGAGAUCUUGGGACAGACCCUAGGAAGGAGAAGAGGCGGCUUAAACCUUGUGUCAAUUUUCUUAAUAUUCAUUUGCGACCCAAAUGUCUCUGUUUUCAACCUGACUUUAACAUUGAUGGAUGACCAAGAGUGACUUUAAAUUAAAAAGCAGAUUGUUUGGGACUUUUUGGGGAUCCUUGAAUAUGGGAUUUUUAAAAUAUGUAUUUUAUUUUAUUUGGAAUCUCUGCGUCCUGAGAGCUGCAACUACACGCUGGAGCUGAACUAAAAGUCCUGAACACUUUUCAUCUGCACCGGGUUCCUCUGAAGUUGAAGAGAUUCAUGGAGAAGACACUGACAAUAGGCCUGACUCUUUUCUUAACACUCUGUCUGAACAUACCAGAAGCUGCAGGACGGAAGGAGGGCACUCAUGGCGAGGACACUCAGAAACGUUCGUCCCGAUCGUCAGACACAAAAGGAGGCCGUUGCUCCUACACUUUCAUUGUCCCGCAGCAAAAGCUCACAGGAGCCCUGUGUUUAAACACACAGUCUGCCACCACAAACCACUCAGAGGUGGCGGCGCUGCGGGCGGAGCUCAGACAGCAGCAGGAGCAGAUGGACCGGCUCCGGGGCCAACUGGAGCAGGAGGGGACCCUUGCUGUGGAGGUGAGAGCCCUGCGCAAAGAGAGUAGCAACAUGAAUUCUCGUAUUGCACAGCUCUAUGCCCAGUUGUUGCAUGAAGUCAUGCAAAAGAAAGACCAGGUUUUGGAGCAGCGGAGGGUGGAGAACCUCCUGCUAAAUGCUACAACACAGGCUCUGCAGGUGUCCAGUAACUACAGGGAUCUUGAGAAGAAAUAUGGAGCGCUUACCUCCAUGAUGAGCUCCCAGAACCUGUUAAUUGCUCGCCUGGAGAAGCAAUGCCAGUGCAGGGUAUCCAACCAGUCCUCUUUGUCUGGACAGGUAACGACUGAACCACCACAAAGCCAGUCCAAUAUGCAUCCAAAUUACAGCUCUGACGCCAACGAAAUGACCAACGAUGUUCAAAGGGACCAAAGUGCUCCACCAACACAAAAGGAAAAAACUGCUGAUUUCAUCCCCAGCACAACAGCCAACACUCCUACAGACUCUCCAUUCAUUAGCUUUCCUGUCACAAAGACUCCAGGCCCGUGGCGAGACUGUCAGCAUGUUUUGGAAUCAGGUGAGACCACCAGUGGGAUCUACCUGCUCCGCCCACAGAGCGCCAACCGCCUUCUGCAGGCGUGGUGUGAGCAGAGUCAGGCUCAGGGAGGCUGGACAGUCAUCCAAAGGAGACAGGAUGGGUCUGUCAACUUCUUCAGGACUUGGGAGCAGUAUAAGCAAGGCUUUGGGAACCUAGAUGGGGAGUACUGGCUUGGUCUGGAACACCUCUACUGGAUGACUAAGCAGGCCCAGUAUAAGCUACGGGUGGCUCUGGAGGACUGGCAGGGCCGACAGGUGUUUGCCGAGUAUGACAGCUUCCACCUGGAACCGGAGAGUGACUGGUACCGACUGCGGUUAGGACAAUACCAAGGCACUGCAGGGGACUCCCUCUCUUGGCACAACAACAAGGCCUUCACCACUCUGGACCGAGACAAGGACAGCUAUACAGGUAACUGUGCUCAUUUCCAAAAGGGAGGCUGGUGGUACCACAUGUGCGCCCACUCCAACCUGAACGGUGUGUGGUAUCGGGGUGGACACUAUCGCAGCCGCUACCAGGACGGGGUCUACUGGGCAGAGUUUCAUGGAGGGUCCUACUCUCUGAAACGCGUUUCCUUGAUGAUCAAGCCCACAUAACAUUUAUUUAUUAUGGACAUGUAAGAAAAAAAACACACUGUAAUGAACUGAAGCAGACUUUUCCUCAAAGAGUAUAUUUCACUGAAGACCCUGUAAAGCAGCGCCAAGCGGCAGACAGUCCUAUGUCUGACCUACAGUACAAAGCAAACAAUUAAUGGGUUUGAACAAUUUCACUUUUUAACCUUAGAAGAAAAUGUUUGGACAACAGACCAGACUCACGAACGAUGACAUCCUGUCCUUCUUUCAGUCUGUGCAAUGUAACGCUUAUGUUGAAAAGUGCUGUGACAUCAGCCAGAGGUGUGAUGAUGAUGGAUGCACUCUGAAGAUAGCUCUGCUGCUGCUCCAACAGCAUGACAUAUAAUGGAUCAAGGAAGAUAGUUUGUUAUAUACAGUACAACUUCAAGUAAAAGCUCUUCCCAAUUAAAGGAACGAUUAAUAGCCUGUUUUGAUGCACAGUUUAACAAUCAUAGGCACGAAUGCAUGUAUGCAUUUAGUGUUGCAAAACUUGGUAAGACACAAAAUUUCAAGAUGGAUUUCAACAUCUGUAAAAAAAAAAAGACAGAGUAGAACACAUUGCACAUCAGAGUCUCCUGCAUGAUGAUGAAACAACUAAAAACACCCUGAUAUGCUUACAGCUCCACAGACCAGCACAGCACUCACAUCCUCUUCCUCUCUUAAUAUCCUCAUUUUGUAGAGAGUUAAAUAUUAUUUCUGGUAUACACAUUUAAAUCUUUCCCAUCUUUGCUGUGCACAGGUUUUGUUUAAAAAAGAAUGAAAGGCUUAUUGACGCAUGCCCCAAAUUAAGGUGGGGUUAUAACAUAGACUGAAGUCAAUAAAAGCUAUUUAUUGAAGUUUAUGGUAUAUAAAUUCAUAAUUACACAUUUUUGAUGGUUAGAGGGUCAGAUGUAGGUUGUCAGAGGGCCUCUUCUGUUCACAGGCUGCAAAUUGAACAGCCAAGGAUGUCUGCUUAUUAAGUCUUCACACAUUCUUUGGAGAUUUGUGUAUAUAAAAUGUCACUGGAAACAGUCAAACAUGUACUGUGUAGAGAUAUUUGUCUUCUGUUGCCAUUUUCUGUGAUGUUUCUCAUUUCACUUUCGAUAUAUCAUUUUCAAUAAAUUAUGCCAAGUAUAGGCUAAGCUCCUUUAUGACAGAUUUUUCAAACACUUGAGAGGAGGGUUUCAUAUAUGAUUUCUCAGUGAGGCAACUGUUGUGAUGUCAUAUAUCCUCUUACAGUUUCCUGUUCACCAGGGCGUUGACUUUGCUUCUGUGUGUAUUUCUUUUACUCUCUCUGAGCUUGUUUAACUGUCAGCAGCAGGUAAUUAACAUCAUCAGGUCUGAACCCGGAUUAAUCCUAUCCCGCUACUUAAGCUGGACAUCUGCUGGACGGUCCUGAAACAGACCUUACUUCCUCAAUCUACCUGCUUCCUCUCGCGUGCUGAUCCAGCAUGCAGCCUCUGAGGACGCUCGGCCCUCUCAUGCUCAUGAUUUUACUGUGUGACAGUAGCUGCCCCCCUGAGUCCAACCCCCUCACCCUGGAUCCUCCUGUGGUUGUAGGAGAACUCGGAGAGACAGUGGGUGUAAACUGCAGCAGUGUGAAUGACAAUCAUUAUGGGAUGUACUGGAGAACCAGAAACACAGACUCUGAAUUGGAAGAGGAGAAUAGUUUCAUCGCUGAGUCUCUGCAACUCUCAGACUGGAAUACAGCAGCUGAGUGCAAAAUAAAGCUGAAUGAAACUUAUGAAUGCAGCAAAGAGCUGGAAAUCAUCAUGUACAAGAACCCAGACGUGUCGCUGUAUCCCACAAAAUAUUUGAUUGAUUUGGUGGAAGGGACGCCGUUCGAGCUACAAUGUGAUAUCAUCGAGGUUGCUCCCGUUCAAAAACUCACUGUGAGGUGGUACAAAGGCAAACAAAUCAUCAAGACAAACACCUUCAGCAACACAACCAAAAGACCGGUGGAAGAGUCUUCUAUCCUGAUGGUCAACAUCAGCAGAGGGGACCACGGGGCUCAGUUUCGAUGUGAGGCUCAGCUGGACUUUGGGCCUCAUGGAGUACAAACUCCUGUUAUUUCUAAGACGCAUCAAGUUUCUGUUCUGUAUUCCCCUGCAUUCAAGAGAAACACAGUAAGUGAUUAUUACAUAUUGAAAGAGGGUGUUAAUGUCAGCCUGCUCUGUGAAGCUGAGGGGAACCCCCCUCCUGUCUUCAGUUGGACUCGUGAUGGGCUGAAUUUGUCGGAGACGACAGAUCAUUUGAACCUUACUCGAGUAGAAAACAAUUCAAUCUACAACUGCACAGCCUCCAAUCGUCUUGGAAGCAUAACUAAGCGAAUCAGUGUUCAGGCAAUAAAAGUGGCCAAGCUGCCGGUCCCUGAAGUCAUGACCACCCCAGAGGCAACAACACCAACACCGACUUACCCAGAGGUAUCAACAUCAGCUGCCCCGGACACAUCAACGCCAACCAUUUCUGAGUCACCAACACCAGCCACUGAAGCUUCAACACCAGCCUACACAGAGGCUUCUACAGCACGAGGUUGCCCUCUCAUAUUGACACCUCCCAAAAUCGUGGUGAAAUUUGGAGAUCCAGCUACAGUGAACUGCAGCACAUCAGCCUCAGAUGCUGAUUUAAUGGGCUGGGAGUCAACAGUAGGAGGCACAGGGGUUGUAAAACCACCGGCAGUCACCUGGAGGGUUAAAAAACUGGAACAGUGGACCAUAAAACCUAAGUGUUUCGUCACUACAGAACAUGAGCAGUGCCAUGUGAUGCCAGAGGUCACUCUUUACAAAACUCCCGACAUGGUGUCAAUCUCUGCAAUGAAUCCUGGACCGAUGGUAGAGGGCAAAGACUUUUCCCUGAUAUGUAACAUCUCCAAUGCGGCUCCUGUUGGGAACCUCACAAUACAGUGGUACAGAGGCGACAUACUGUGGACAAGCAAACAAUUAAUACCACCAUUGUGACCCCACUCAAUGUGUCUUCUACCCUGAGAAUCACACCUAGGAGAGGUUUUGACAAAUCAUAUUUUAAAUGCAUUGCUGAGCUUCAUCUUGGACCGUAUGGUCCUCGGCCAGUCCCGACUAUGACCUCAUUGCCUUACAUAGCUGAUGUGCACUAUCUCCCCAUUUUCAAGGAAAGUGACAUUAUAAUGAUUACCCUGGCCCAGGGUGAAAAUGUGACUUUUGACUGCACUGCUGAGGGCAACCCUUCCCCUAAGAUGCAAUGGAAGUUCCCCUCUGCAGUGAAUGUGAUAGAGACCACUUGGGGGCGCUACAGGAAUAUCAGCAUCAUAGGAGCCACGUCUACCAAUGAUGGUGUUUACAUCUGUAAUGCCACGAAUGACAUUGGGACUGUGACAAGAUCUGUCACAGUGAUAAUGGAAAGUAAAACUAGUGAGGGCCCCUCAUGGUUUAUAUGGGUUAUUGUUAUUCUUUGUGUGGUUUUCUUGCUCUGCAUCUUCGUGGCCAUUCUCCAUUAUUGCCGGAAAAAAAAUGGACAAUAUAGUUUUGUCAAAACCACGGAUGAUAUCCCAAUGACAGAUAAGCCUGAAGCUUAGGAUAUGACUUGAUGGAUAUCAGUGUGGGGACUGAUAUCUUAAGAAAACAUGUUGUUCUAUCAGCAUGGCAAAAUGGCCUGUAAAUUCUGUAUUUUCUAACCUUUUUUAAAACACAAAAUGUAAUUAAAUAGAG